GAUAAGCUAAGUUUAGCUGCUAGCAGAUACGAGAUGGAGGGAUAUAACGUUAACUUGAGUGUGAGAAAAGGUGCCUGGACUCGAGAGGAGGACAAUCUUCUCAGGCAGUGCAUUGAGAUUCAUGGAGAGGGAAAGUGGAACCAAGUUUCAUACAAAGCAGGCUUAAACAGGUGCAGGAAGAGCUGCAGACAAAGAUGGUUAAACUAUCUGAAGCCAAAUAUCAAGAGAGGAGACUUUAAAGAGGAUGAAGUAGAUCUUAUACUUAGACUUCACAGGCUUUUGGGAAACAGGUGGUCAUUGAUUGCUAGAAGACUUCCAGGAAGAACAGCGAAUGAUGUGAAAAAUUAUUGGUACACUCGAUUGCGGAUCGAUUCUCGCAUGAAAACGGUGAAAAAUAAAUCUCAAGAAACGAGAAAGACCAAUGUGAUAAGACCUCAGCCCCAAAAAUUCAUCAAAAGUUCAUAUUACUUAAGUAGUAAAGAAGCAAUUCUAGAACAUAUUCAAUCAGCAGAAGAUUUAAGUACGCCAUCACAAACGUCGUCGUCAACAAAGAACGGAAAUGAUUGGUGGGAGACCUUGUUAGAAGGCGAGGAUACUUUUGAAAGGGCUGCAUGUCCCAGCAUUGAGUUAGAGGAAGAACUCUUCACAAGUUUUUGGUUUGAUGAUCGACUGUCGGCAAGAUCAUGUGCCAAUUUUCCUGAAGAAGGACAAAGUAGAAGUGAAUUCUCCUUUAGCAUGGACCUUUGGAAUCAUUCAAAAGAAGAAUAGCUAGAGAAAAUGAUUCUCACUUCUUUAGUAUCAUCUAGCUUGUGUGCUAUUAUUUUCCUUGCUUGUAAAUGUGGCAUGUAAAUAUCAUUAAGCUGACGAGGAA